GGCGGAAGUGAGGACAGAAGCUUAUUGCCGCCCCCAUCCCCCCGCUCCGUUGGCUGCCGGCGGAUGCUUCUGGACGGUUCCGUGGCAUUUACCAGCGGCGACUGAAACGGUUGUUGGUGUCGCUGCUGAGAGGAGGAGGAGGAGGAGGAGUAGUACUUGGGAGGGUUUUCCAUCUUAAAGAACUGAGUCGUUAAAGAUGGUGGACUACUACCAGGUAUUAGGCGUACACAAAAAUGCUUCUCCGGAAGAAAUUAAAAAGUCAUAUCGCAAAAUGGCACUGAAAUGGCACCCUGAUAAGAAUCCUGACAACAAGGAUGAGGCUGAAUCAAAAUUUAAACAACUUUCAGAAGCCUAUGAAGUUCUUUCUGAUUCUUCAAAACGUGAUAUCUAUGAUCGAUAUGGGAAAGAAGGCUUGAGUAAUGCCGGUGGAGGUAAUGGUGGUCGCCAUGGUGAAGGCUUUGACUUUGGUUUCACAUUCCGCAAUCCUGAAGAUGUUUUCAGGGAAUUCUUUGGAGGAAGAGAUCCCUUUGCAGAUUUCUUUAUGGACGAUCCUUUUGACAAUUUCUUUGGACCAAGGCGGGGUCGACGGGGAGUUGAGCGAAACAGGGGCGGCGGAGGGCCCUUCUUCUCUCCAUUUGGUGGAUUUCCUGCGUUUGAUACUGGUUUUACUUCAUUCAGUUCAUUUGGAAAUCUUGGAACAGCAUCAUUUUCCUCAUCUUCGUUUGGAGGUAGUGGAAUGGGUAAUUUCCGAUCCGUAUCAACAUCGACAAAAUUUAUUAAUGGCAGGAAAGUCACCACCAAGAGGAUUAUAGAAAACGGCCAAGAAAGAGUGGAAGUAGAGGAAGAUGGCCAAUUAAAAUCUAUAACAAUAAAUGGAGUUGAAGAUGAACAUGCCUUUGCCACAGAACUGAGACAGCGAGGACAGCAGGCCUUACCAAGUCAUUCAGCUGACAGCCACUCCUCACGCCAGCAUUCCAUGUCAUACCCAAAACACAACUACCAGUAUCACGUUGUAGAGGAUGAACAUGUCGGGUCACCAACAAUGGUCUACAAUAUCCCAGAUGAAGCAGCCAGUUCCAACACAGCAGGCCAAAGAGAAAGUGGGAAGAGAAGGAAGCAACGACACAAGGAAGAGAUGAAGAAGAAACGGCCAACAAAAGUGAAGCAUUAAUUAUAAGGUCAAGGCAGUCUUGGAAUAAAUCGUGAUGUGGUUGAAGCUCCCACAAGUGCAAGAGAAGCCUCCCUAAAAAUAUUCUAAAGGAAAGUAAAAGAAUCAUAAAUAAAUUGCAGUGUUGAUAAAAAUAGAUCGUCUUUUACGUGAUGAUGUGUGCUGACUUCUUGUCUAUUUGUGCUGUAACCCUUUGCUUAUUACCUUAUUUUUAAUCAUACUGUAAAUGUUCCCAGUGUUUGAAACGAUUGUAUGAGAAGGACAAAACAUAUUGAAUGGUAGAAAUUCGAGUUGAAUAUCUAAGACGGAUCUUGUGCAUGCUAUUUUGUGCAAGUUUAAUAGAAGGAAUGUACAUUAAAAAAAUUUAAAAAACAUAAUUGAAAUGUGGGUACUAUUGACAUUGUUGGAAACUCUGGGUUUUCCACAAACAGAUGGCGGUGGACCACCUUUGUGAAUCCCCGUUGCUGUCUAUUCGAUGAAGAUGCUGUCAGGGUAGAGUUUCAAGAUUUUGAAAAAUGAAAGACUCCCUUUUCAAAUAGCCAGAAAGCAGUUGCAAUAAUUAUAAUCCUUGCAAUCCUUUCAAAUUGUGCUUACUAUCAAGACCAACCAACAAUAGCCCAUUUAUGCGCAAGGUCCCAUAGACAGCAAUUCAAGAACCAAUUACAAAUCUGUCCUCUGAUAGUAAUGAGUGAACAUGGUGGUACCUGCUCCUCUGCCAUGGGAUCGUUUUUUAUCAGUUUAAGUAAUUAAUUGGGGCUAAAGUUUAAUAUCCACCGCUAAAGGUCUGCACCUCUGACAGGCUAGCACCACCUCAAUACUGUGCACAAUGUAACUAAUCUAUUUCCAGAAUGGAGCUUAAUCCCAUAACAUUUUGACUCACUGAAUGCCGCCAGUUCAACUUUAGUACAAGUAAAAUUAAAAUUUUGCGCACAGGAAUGCAUAAGUGCAUGCUUUCUGUUUUAAGAAUAAGCUUUAUAGUUUGGAUUUGUUUCUCUGGUAUUUUUAAUGGUGUAAUGUUACUUCCUAUGUACAUUGUUAUAAAGAUUAUGUUAUUUUACUCCACCGUUUGUUACUUCACGAUUGUUAAUUGAGCUGACACCUUUCUCCUUCACUUUAUUGGUGUAUCAAAAUUUUUUGUUUUGCCAUAAGGUAAUCACUUGGAGAAGUGAUUUGUUCCCGUGCAAACACUACCAGUAAUUAAGAUUUUCAUUAUCGCUGGGACAUUUUAGGUAAAACUCUGGUACUUUGGUAUCACUUUAAGCUGCACAUGGUGAAGGUAAAAUUAUGUAAAUGCAGAAAAUCACUCUGUUAAAUCUCAGUUUGGAAAUGGUGCAAGAGGGAGCUUGUGCUUUGAUUUAGUUUCCACUUUUGGUUUUUAUUAUGCAUUUGGUAUGACUGUGCCUUCUGCUUAUCAAUGUACUGAAUACUUGCUGGAGACUUGGAUUGCAGAUCCUUGUAAGUGCAGUAAAGAGGGGUCUGUCCCAUUGUUCUGAAAUUAAAACCUUGUAAAUGUC